CGAAUGAUAGUCAGCGGUAGCGGGCCGAGAAACGCGAUCAAUACAACGUUAUCAACAUAACUACGUGGGUGUUUACAUGCGCGUAGUACACACCGAGCACUGAUGAAAUCGUCGCGUGUGAUAACACUAAUCCGCAAUUCGUUCUGAAUAUAACUGUGAAAUGUGAACCACAAUGCCGCUACCCGAGCUCAUCAAGCGAGCCUCGAGUUAUUUCCUUGGCUUGGAGUUCGACGACAACGAGGAAUUACCCGAAUAUGUGGACAACGAAAUAUUGUUUUGCAAGAACAAUGUGUGCGUACAUCCACCGACCAUUGCGAGACACGAGUUGGACAUAGUGCACCAUCCGGGCUACUUAACAGUCACUACAAAAAUAUUCACUGAUCAACAUAACAAUGCCAAGCGACCCACGUUAUUCCUUAAUUGGAUCCCAAAUUCAACGCUGCGCAAAUGUCCGUCAGCUGUUGAAACAAGUCCUAGCGAGGAAAUCUAUAUCAACAGAGCGUCGCAUCCCAAAGAUAUUCCUGAUCAAAAACCUAGAAAUGGGAAGGUCAGGAAGUAUAACGAUAACGCAUUUUCCGAUUCUUCUGAAACGACAAGUCUCAAUUCCAAUUCAGACAAACAAAGCAUAAGAUCAAGUGAUACGAGGUACACUCAAAAUGACACGACCCAAGAAGAAAUGACGUCUAGUUCGAAGCCGACGAUUAAAUCGGCAGAUUCUAUAAAGGAUGACGUGUUCAGCUUGCAGAAAGAUGAGUCGAAGGAUCAGAUAUUUGAGUGCGACAAACACGUACGUUCUCAUUCUAUGACUUCUGUGAAUAUAACUAUAGCCAAUCCAAAUAUCGAGAACGUCGACUUGACCCCUGACUCGUUGUGUGGAGGCUUCGUUAGGUCACUGUCGAUGAGUUCAUGCGACGAGGGCAACCCUAAUUGGAUGAGUACUCCUGAGUUUCUUGCACUGAAACAUAAUCUCGUAUUUCCUGAUAGCGCUCAAAGUUCGCCGGCUCCGCAGCGGCGAGCGCCAUUGAAAUGUCGAAGGUUUUCAGUGGAUUUGAGCCAAAUGCGCUCUCUUCGGCUAUUCUUUAACGAUGAUAACUGCACUUGUGGACAAUUGGUAGUAGCUUCAAGGGAGUCUCAGUAUAAAAUACUACAUUUUCAUCAUGGAGGGUUGGAUCAUUUGGCACAAGUAUUACAUAGGUGGCAUUCUCUUCUGCAUAAUAUUAAACUUACUCCAGGUUCUGAAGAACCUAACUUACCAUAUCGUCACUUCAUGGUAUGUCGCCCAGAAGUACAAAAAUCUGAGCAGCAUCCAGAGGAAGGAAAAGUUCCUAAAAUUACACCUGAAUUAUUUUACGGCAAGAUAAUGAACAGCAAGGGUGUUAUUGAAGACGAUUUAUUCUUAAGAAAAUGCGUCUUUUUCGGUGGACUUGACAAAGAGCUGAGGCGCGAAGUCUGGCCUUUUCUUUUACAUUGUUACCCAUACAAUUCUACAUAUGACGAAAGAGAGAUUAUCCUGCAACUACGGACAAGGGAGUACGAUGAAAUAACCAAAAGGCGAUUGGAAAAGAUGACACCAGAACAACACGCGAGGUUCUGGAAAAGUGUGCAAAGUGUCAUCGAGAAGGACGUCGUGAGGACUGAUAGGGGAAAUCCAUUUUUCGCUGGUGAAAAUAACUAUAACAUUGAAAUAAUGAAGAAUAUAUUGUUGAACUAUGCUAUUUAUAAUCCUGUUUUAGGGUACACCCAAGGAAUGAGUGAUCUCUUAGCACCAGUUUUGUGUGAAAUAAAGUGUGAAGCAGAAGCGUUCUGGUGUUUCGUGGGUCUGAUGCAGCGGGCAAUAUUCGUUUGCACGCCAACUGAUAACGAUAUGGAUAAUAACCUGAGCUACCUGCGAGAGCUGAUAAGGAUCAUGUUGCCACACUUUUACAAGCACUUAGAGAAACAUAUUGACGCUAUGGAAUUACUGUUCUGUCAUCGAUGGAUACUAUUGUGUUUCAAACGUGAGUUUACCGAAGCAGUAGCACUGCGAAUGUGGGAGGCUUGCUGGGCGAACUAUCAGACCGAUUACUUCCACUUGUUCCUGUGCCUUGCUAUCAUUGCUGUAUACGCUGAUGACGUCAUCGCACAGGACCUCAACACCGAUGAAAUGUUGCUACAUUUUAGUUCUCUGGCAAUGUACAUGGACGGUCGUCUUAUCCUCCGCAAGGCUCGCGGGCUGCUGUACCAGUUUCGUCAGUUAGUGCGAAUCCCCUGCACAUUAGUUGGUAUGUGUCAGAGGUGUGGCCCCGGUAUUUGGGACUCCACACACCGACCCAGUGUGGAAUGUACCGGCGCUCACGAUUUCUGUGAAUACGCUGUACAGUAAAUACUUUUUACACGGUCUAUUCACAAUGGAUUUAUCGGAUUAUAUGUGCUGUUUGGUUAGUCUAUUCUGUACAAAAGUUGUAAACAAAUUGUAUUGUGCAAGAAUAAUGUGUGAUUUAUUUAGACUUUACGUUGUUAUAGUUGUUAUUUUGUGCCGAGUUUGCUGUUUGCUGUUUCACGUUUGCUGUAUAAGUAUACGAAGCUUUCUAAACUGCAAUUCUUUAGGUUACCUAGGUCCUAGAUAAAACCGGUUAAAAUUUUAUCGUCGUUGGAUUACCUAAAAUAUAGUAUUACGAUAAUUUUUAGAAAAUCAUUAAUUAAUGAAAUCAUUAAGAAAUUAAUGGAUUCCAUACACUUCAUUUAUUAUUGAUGCAUAGAUAGGAGGAUAAUGAAACGGCUAGUUUCUUAAUUUUAUCAAGAACAUUCAGAUUGAACAAAUGAAAAAUCGUUAAAUCAGGAGAAACGAAUUUUAGACACAUCAGCAAUUAUCGGAAUGUUAAAAUAAACAAAAUAGUUUUAUUAAUAAAUUAAUAAAUGAUCGAUACAUAUUAAAUCGUUACGAUAGAAUGUAAUUUUUAUGAAUUUUAAGUAUGCUAUUGAACAAAUUUUUAAAGUAUUACCAAAGAAUUCGUGACCUGUAGAAUGUAAGAAAGUGAAAAUUUAAAAAAACGUUAAUUUAACAAAUUUUUGAUGCACUCAGAGUACAAAGCAAUAUCAGUAGAGCUUCGCCGUAAUUUUUACUCGAGUUGAACACAACUAAUGGUCCGAAUGAUCGUUACAUUUUAUAGAUAAUUUAAAAGCGCGGUAGGCAUCUACUUUAAUAUCAUUGACAAAAUAUGAAGAAAGUUUUAAGAGAGAUAUCGUUAACAAGAGGUACAUGGUGUUAUGUGUCACAAAAAAAUAAUAUGUACGUUGUCAUGUUAUAAUAAAUUACGAUAUUUUAGGAAUAUGCAUUUAGAUAGAAACUGCCAAAAUCCGAUCUAACUUUAAAAAUUUAACAUUGUUACGAAUUUUACUGAAUUCACUUAUCGUCUUAUUGAUGCUAAUUAAGAUAAACAACCUAUGAUAACAGCAGUAUCUUGUUUUAAGCCAAAUUGUUCAUUGCAAAGCAAAGUGUACCUAUUGUAAAAGUGAUCAAAUAUAUUUUAACAACAAUUCUUUAAAAACUGUUUACAAUAUCGGUGUCACAGACGAUAUGAUAAUACUAUCGUUUAUUAUAUUACAUUUAUGCACGCACUCAAUCGCAAAACUUUGAUUAGCUCAAAGUUUCUAAUUGUUAUAUAUAAUACAUUGCCGUUAAAAGUCAAUUUUUACUGACGGAAUUAGUUUUGACCAUAAUAUAAUAGUAUGGCUCGUCAAUGCAUUUUAUAUGGAAGUAACUAGUAUUUUGGUAAAUUUUUGAAAUAAUAUAAACUAUAUUUAAUGAGAGGUACAUACUAGAUAUGUGCUAUUGGUAGACCAUAUCAUACACUGCAAUCAUGUGUUCUAGUCAUAAUCCAUGUAUUAAAAUUGGAAUAGGUAUAAUAACGAUAAAUUAUGUUUAUCACAUACAAUAUAGCGUAAUUGUUUCCGGUAAAUAUGUGAAUUUGGGUACGGAAUAUGGGAAAAACGCUAAUUGUGAUAAUAAUAAUUAUCUAAUCUUGAGGAUUUUGCGGGCUGAGAUUUAAAGGAGAACGAACUUAAUUUUAACCGCAAACAAAUGAGAAUGAUUCUUUUCACCACUGGUAACAUUUACAUUAUAUUGUGUGAGAUUUAUUAUUUAUGCGCGGUACCGGUACCUGUAAAUAAUGUUGAGAGCUAUUAGGUAUCAAAAUGGUAUUAGAUUAUAAAUCAUUGACCUACAAAAUAAACGGAUGACCAUAUCCUUAUUGUAAUUGAUAAUUGAUGUUUAUACUGCAUCAUUUAAAAGAUACUGUUUGUCGAAAUGAUUUGAUAAUUAGAUUAAAGUUAAUAUGUAUCGUUUAAUGAAGUCUUGCAACAAAAAUAGUAUUAAACUGUAAUAGAUGUUGAAUAACGGGAUAAAUAUUAUAGUAAUAUUACGUUUAUAUAUUAUUUAAAUAUUGCGGUUGCUGAGAUUCUUUUAAUUUUAUAUGCUUUUUAUCUCUUCUAAUGUUUAGCAUUUUUAUUCAAUCACAUGCAUAAUACAGAUAUAAUUUACGUUAUGAUGUAGGUAUUAAAAUUUUAUUUAGGCGUUUUGUGUGCAUCCGUAAGUGAUAAUUUGCAGUGUGAAUCAAAUGCGUACUUUUUCUGUGAUAAAUGAUCUGCUUUGAUUAUGGUUCUAUUCUAAGUAUAUACCAAUGAUAAUGAUAAUGAUAUUGAUGUAACUAAUUCUGUGAAAAGGCAAAAAUCAUAUCCAUAUAAUAAAUGUAUUGGUCAUG